UUAGUAAGGAGGCUACUGACAAUUGUUUAAUGCCACACUUAGAUUCUUAUUUCAUUUCCAGAACACGUUCCCUUUUCUUCUUCCACUGUCUCUAUGUGGCACUAAUCACCCUCCAUACCAUCCAGGAAAUAGUAACAUCAGUGGAUGCACUGACUCCAGAGGCGUGGAUUCCCAGCACUGUAGCCUCCUUAAGGAUAAAUAGGCUCUUUGCCUUUAACUGUACUGUACCCCACUGUGCCGACAAAUGUAGUGUUAGCCUUCUGUUUUGUCGGCACACAAAAAUAUGUGCCGUCUAGUUGUUUCUAAUAAUAGCCAAUCUUAUUUUUACCACACCGACGCCUUAUUGCAUUAUGGAUGCCUCUGGAAUGGUGUCCCUGCAAGAUAGCGUGGGAAUAUUUCAGUAGAGGCUCUUCAUCUCAGGGCUAAAUGCUCCUGCAUCCCGCCUGUAACUGCAUCUCGUUUUAGGCUUUAGACCGUGUCAUGGCUGUAGUGUGAGGCGACACUACUGUGCACGGGGAUGCGUUUCUUUACUUUAUUCUCUGCAUGCCGGAUUUAAGUCCACAGGAGCGCUAUGCGGGAGUAUAAGGUGGUGGUGCUCGGCAGCGGCGGGGUGGGGAAGUCCGCCCUCACCGUCCAGUUUGUCACUGGGACAUUUAUAGAGAAGUACGACCCGACCAUUGAAGAUUUCUACAGGAAGGAGAUCGAGGUGGACUCCUCUCCGUCGGUGCUGGAGAUCCUGGACACAGCCGGCACCGAGCAGUUCGCCUCAAUGAGGGACCUUUACAUCAGGAACGGCCAAGGCUUCAUCCUGGUCUACAGUCUGGUCAACCAGCAAAGUUUUCAAGACAUCAAGCCCAUGAGAGACCAGAUCAUCAGGGUGAAAAGGUAUCAGCAGGUGCCCGUGGUGCUGGUGGGGAAUAAGGUGGACCUGGAGGAGGAGAGGGAAGUGUCCCCCAGCGAGGGCCAGGCGCUGGCCGAGGAUUGGGGAUGCCCCUUCAUGGAGACGUCGGCCAAGAGCAAGACCAUGGUGGACGAGCUGUUCGCAGAGAUCGUGAGGCAGAUGGACUUCUGCCCUCUGCCGGACCGGAGAGAGGCGUGCUGCCCCGCCUGCAGCGUACAGUAGCAGCCCUGCUGGAGGGGUGAUGGAUGGGAGGACGGUUAGGAAUUAGGAUGCAAAUGAAUUCAUGUUAGAUAGAUUGAAGACGGAGGGGUUUAGAGGAAAAAUCCACACUUUUUAAAACUGUUCCGUAUCUUGCAGUGUAGGCCUGAUCAAGAGGCAUUCUGGGAAAUCUGGCAUUGUAGGAAAUCUGAAAUUUGACUUAAACACGCAUCACUCCUCAGACACAGGGUGGAUUUUUCCCAUGAAAGAAAAAACCUCCCACAUUCAUCACCCUGAUUAACAGGAGCAAACGUCCGGGGUUUCCCAAAGGCAGCACGGUGCCAAAACCAUCUUAAAAGCCAUCGACCAAGAGGAUAAAAAGUGCGAAGUGCUUUUUGGGAACCCAGCCAUAGGUCAAAGCAGGGAUGGCAGUGUGCUCCAAUGUCCUCUUUCUUCUGCUUGUGUUUUUCUUUUUGCACUUUUUGCGACUUUUUUGACAGCGCAAGACCAGUCACCAAGUAUCUGAAUGGAUGUCAAGUAACACCACUGUGAACGAGUCAUACUGGAUUUCACAGCAGGCCCGCCUAACUAUGAAUGAAUGAAAACAUGAACGAAUGUUCAAAAAAAGCAAACCGCACCUUUGGGGAAAUUCACUCCGAAGAUCCCAAAUGUUGACAUGCUGUGGAUGAUGUGUGCAUGACGUUGUACUGUCACACUGACAUCGAGUACAAUCAAUCUCACCCAAAGAGACAGCAUUAAUCAAUCAAUCAAUCAAUCAAACAAUCAGUCAUUACAACAUACGGACACUUGUCUUUACACCUUACAGAUGAUACAAAUGCCUUGUUACAUUGUAUGAAGUGAACAUCAGUGUCAGUGUAGAGUUCAUUUAGUCACAUCGGUUAGUGGUUCAAUGUGAGAAACACUUAUUUUCAACAAAAAAUAAAUCUUU